AUGUCAUCUUUUUGCCUAUCAUCUCAGUUAUCGAAAACGAUCCACAUAGUCGUGGCGAAAUCGCUAUUGUUAUCCGCACUGUUGUUUUGUAUUACGCAAGAUUUCGGUGUCGGUGGUUUUGGAAGUGAUCAAUGGGUUCGUUUGUGUACGUUGACGAGUAAUGGAAGUUCACUAAUGAACGUAACGAUGCCGUGUGGGAUUCACGUAAGAAAUGAUGAUCUAAAAGAUAAUUCUAAAGACAACACUGAUGUUUCAAAAAGUUGGCGUGAAGAAGACGAUUCAGCGGAAUAUGUGAAAAUCACACUAGACGGUAGUCGCAACACUAACACCGCAGAAAAAUCCCCAGAGGUGAUGACUAUCAGACAGGAUAGUGAUUCGACUAUUAAACACUCCGAUAAUAAAACCAGCGAAGAGGAUGUAGAAGAAGAAAUAUACGUAGAAGAAGGAGUAGACGUAGACGAAAAAGGAGAUGUAGACGUGGUUGUCGAAGAUGACAACGAUGAUCGUGACGUCGCGGUCGAUUAUAACGUUGAUAAUGACGAAGACCAAUCAAUGUACGAUGAAGAAGUCACAGUUUUGAAUGAAGAAGUUAAUGGAGCUGCUUCCGAAGACAGCAAAGACGAUAUUAAUGAUGUGAGAGACCAACUUAAAAAUCAAAAACGUCCGUUCGCCGUGACCAAAGUGAUGCUCGGAUACCUGUUGAAUGCCCGGAAUCAAUUGUACGAAAAGAUAUAUUAUUUGUUAAAUUUACUGCAACGAACAUUUUUCAAUAGCAAACUUAAUUGUCGACGUCGUCGUAACUCAAUUGAACUGCCGAGUUUAUUAAAUUACAAGAAGAAACAAGAGGAUAAAAAGAACCCAUCGCUUUCUUCCGUGAUCUUAGAACCGACAUUUGAACGUUCAAUAAUGACUAUGUCAUUUUUAAUGUUUGGUGUAUUCGUUAUCCAAGUGAUACAGAAAUUAAUGAACACGAUGCAACAACAACCUGGUGAAACCUCAUUUAUUGGUAAUUCAAUAUUUGGUAACCUAUUAACAUUGCCAUCGGACAUAUUUUAA